AUGGAGCCUCCAAAGGGUUUUCUUGCUUCUUUGUUGCAGUUCUUAGUGUUCCUUCCUUAUUUCACUGCAUUGCUGUUUCUGGGUGUCAUCAAAGGUAUCGUUCUGUGCCCACUCGUAUGCCUCGUUGUGACCAUAGGCAACUCGGCGAUCAUACUAAGUCUUCUCCCCAUCCACAUUGUUUGGACGUUCUAUUCAAUAGUGAGUGCCAAACAAAUAGGACCAAUCUUGAAGCUCUUUAUAUGCUUAUGUCUUCCUACCGCCAUCAUCCUCUGGCCAAUUCUUGGUAUCUUAGCAAGUGUUCUUGGAGGAGCUUUAUAUGGUUUUCUCUCCCCAAUCUUCGCCACAUUUGAUGCUGUUGGUGAGGGCAAGCCUUCCCCACUUCUCCAUUGCUUUUAUGAUGGAACUUGGAGCACCUUCAAACGCAGCUUCACUGUAGUCCGUGACUUUAGAGAUGUCUGCUUCCACUCCUACUUCUCACUCAUGGAUGAGGUUAGAAAAUGUUGCCCCGAUCAGAAAUAUCAUGAAAUAAGGCUACUUCAACUUCCAGGUGCUUUGCUAGCUUCAUCUCUCGGGAUUCUUGUAGCUUUCCCUAUGAUCUCACUCAUAGCCAUAUGCAAAAGCCCUUACAUGCUCUUCAAAGGUUGGCACCGUCUGUUCCACGACCUCAUUGGACGAGAAGGUCCCUUCCUGGAGACAAUGUGUGUCCCUAUUGCAGGCCUAGCCAUCUUACUUUGGCCUUUGGCUGUAGCAGGAGCAGUUCUUGGUUCAGUGGUCUCUAGUAUCUUCCUCGGUGCUUAUGCAGGAGUAGUCUCAUAUCAAGAAUCAUCUUUUUACUAUGGACUAUGCUUUGGAGUUGCGUCUGUGUCUAUUUACGACGAGUAUAGCACUGAUAUACUUGACAUGAAUGAAGGUUCUUGCUUCCCAAGGCCUAAAUAUCGUAAAAACGAAGCUGAAUCAAGAGCUUUUUCAGGUCCUAUAUCAAGACUAGGCUCUUCCAAAAACAUGGCUUCAACAAGAUCAGCAGGAUCAGUGAGAGUCCCUAUGAUUGAUGUUAAGCCUCUUGACCUAUUGGAUGGUCUAUUUGUGGAAUGUAGGAAGUUUGGAGAUGUUUUGGCGAGUAAAGGAUUGAUAAACUCAAAAGAUAUUGAAGAGGCGAGGUCUAAUAAAGGCAGCCAAGUGAUUAGUGUUGGCUUACCAGCUUAUGCAUUUUUGUAUGAGAUUCUACGCUCUGUUAAAGCCAAUACUACUGGCUUGUUACUCAGUGACGGUGUAACUGAACUAACUACCAAGAACAGACCCAAAGACGCGUUCUUUGAUUGGUUUCUGAAUCCGUUCUUGAUACUAAAGGAGCAAAUUAAAGCUACGAACUUAACUGAUGAUGAAGAAGAGUAUCUAGGAAGGUUGGUGUUGUUGUAUGGAGACUCAGAGAGGUUAAAAAACUCGUAUGCUGAUUCCUCUUCUCCUUUUCUCACCGAGCGUAAAAGAGCUGAGCUUGACGCCUUUGCUCGCAGGAUUCAAGGGCUAACGAAAACGGUGUCAAGGUAUCCAACAUUCCGUAGACAUUUUGUGGAAUUAGUGAAGAAACUAUCUGAAGAUUUGGACCAGGAUCGUGACGGUUCAGGAACUAAAACAGAAGCGUCUGGUCCGGUUAAGAUAUUUACUAGGAUAUUCAGUCAGAGUCAGAGAUCGUUCAAAAGAAAAGGGAGUAUCAAUGGAUCUGACAAAGGAUCACGUAAGGUAGAUAUGGUUUAAUCAAUGGGACUUGUGUGUGCAUCGAUAUGUGGAAACUUCAAAGCCUUUUUUGCGUCUCUUUGCUCGAUACCAAGUGGCCUUCCUUGUAAAAAAAAAGAGUGUUGCAAAACUCAGUUGAUUCUAGGAUGACUAAAAGAAGUAAUGUCUCUGUAUUAUCAAUGUACAACUGAAGAAUUAAG